AUGGCGUCUCUACUGCUACAGAUCCUGGCUUGCGCCGUCGUCAGCGUCAUGGCGCAGGCCGUUACCAUUACCCCCGAGAACGAGAUCCCAUCGUGGAGCGAGAAGUCGGCCAUGCAGAUGUCGUUGUCGACGGCCGGUGGCACCGUUCCACUGUCGUUUAUUGUCAUGCCGUUGACCGAGAACCUGGGCUUGAACCAGUCUGACGUUGUCCGCGGGGCAGUUCGUAUCGAGGGCACUAUGGUAGCCGCCGACUCUUCGAAUUACAACCAGAUCACUUCAAACAAGCAAGUCGCAUAUCUCUCUUGUGACACUCAAGACGGCAGUGGCUUCAUCAACCCGAACAUGAUGCUGGGUACCCUGAUGGAAAACAAACCGAAGGCUAUUGUCUUGUAUAGCACGGUUGGAAACUGGUGCAUGCUUUCCGGGGACCUGUCGUACUAUUCCCUCUUCACAAUGGCGGAUGCUGGAGAUUCCCAGCAGGCCCUGCGCAUUCUCAACGGCACAAGUGAGGGCGACCAGAUCAAGGUCAUCAUCACAGGAAAUGCAACGGGUGCUGCCGGCGAUGGGGGAAAUGGCGGCGGCGGCAGCAACUCCGCUGUCGCCAUGAGCAUUUUGUACAGCAUUACGGGUCUGAUCACACUGCUCUUCUUGAUCAUCAUCGCCACUGGUGCGGUCAGGGCACAUCGUUAUCCUGAGAGGUACGGACCCAGAAACGGUGUCAACGGCCGUCCUCGCCAGAGCCGUGCCAAGGGCCUCGCCCGUGCUGUGCUGGACACCAUCCCCAUCGUCAAGUUCGGCGAGCGACAAGAGGCAAAGCCGGAUCCCAAUAUCGAGUUGGAAAGCGCAUCAAAUGUACCAAUCAACGACACAAGUGUUGAGAGGCAGGGAGCUACUCCAGUGACCACCAAGGAUGUCGGGGCCACUGCAACAGCGACAGCGACAGAGACAAACCCUACUUCGACUGGCGACGCGGCCGCCACGGCAACUGGUGCCCUUGCAGCAGACGGGACAGACGGGACAGACGCCGGUGUCUCCGGCGCUGCCAAAGCGGCCGGCUCCGAUAAUCAUGAUGAUGGCGGACAGGAGGAUGAGCAUCUGGGUUGCUCUAUCUGCACCGAAGACUUCACUGUCGGCGAAGAUGUUCGUGUGCUGCCCUGCAACCACAAGUUCCACCCCAAUUGUGUUGACCCCUGGCUGGUCAACGUCGCGGGCACAUGCCCAUUAUGCCGUCUUGACCUUCGCCCACCAGGCGAAUCAGAGAACCCUAGCGAUGAGCUUCCGCCCCCGCUUGAGCUGGACGGACAUGAGAGCGAUGGCUCUUCCACCGCGCAGAGACAGAGGACUCGACUAUUUGACCUUCACAGGUUGAGGCAUGCUUCGGCAGAGGAGCGUAUCCAAGCCCUUCGACAAUACCGUACCCAGCACCAAGUACAAGGUGAAACUAGUAGCACGGUCGACGUAGGAGGUGAGGAGAGGAACGACAGGAGUCGCAGGGCAAGACUAGCCGAUAAGCUACGCGACAAGUUCCGGAUUCGAACAGGACCCCAGUCCUAA